GGCGUACGUGAAAGCAGCAGCCAAUCUGGUGUCAAGGAGAAGGGGCGGUGCAUGUCGCCUGCGCAUAGUUACAGAUGUAUUGCAUACACAUGAGCGGGGCUAAGUACACUAUUGAACACAGGAUAGAGCAAGGCUGGGUAAGUGACCAACAGGAACUGGAACAAAACAUGCCUCAAGUCUGCUGUGAUCAGUUCGAGUGGUACAAGAAAGGCAAAUAAAGUCACUUUGAGAUAUUCUGGAGCGUAACACCUUGGGUUCUUCUGGCCUUCAGUGAAUGUCACCAUGGGUAAACGGCAUACCCCAACAUAAUAAUCAGCGCCCUCCUCAUACCCCCUGAAUCCAGCACCAUCAUGGGGGAGGUGGUCCACAUGCACUUUACCACAGUGGACUAUGUCAUCUUUGCUUUGCUGCUGGUGGCCUCUGCUGGCAUCGGCCUCUUUUAUGCCUUCUCUGGUGGGCGUCAGCGCACAACACAGGAGUUCCUGAUGGCCGACCGCUCCAUGAGCUGCCUCCCUGUGUCCCUGUCCCUGCUGGCCACCUUUCAGUCAGCCGUGGCCAUCUUGGGCGCUCCGUCUGAGGUGUAUUCAUUUGGGACACAGUACUGGUUCCUUGGCUGCUCCUAUUUUUUGGGCCUGCUCAUCCCGGCCCAUGUAUUCAUCCCAAUCUUCUACAGGCUUCGGCUCUCCAGCACCUAUGAGUAUCUGGAACUCCGUUUUAACAAGACGGUUCGCAUAUGUGGGACUGCGACCUUCAUCUUUCAGAUGGUCAUUUAUAUGGGGGUUGUACUUUAUGCUCCAGCUCUGGCACUUAAUGCAGUCACAGGUUUUGACCUGUGGGGAGCAGUGUUGGCUAUGGGAUUAGUGUGUACUCUAUAUACAGCGCUGGGUGGACUAAAGGCCGUGAUCUGGACUGAUGUUUUCCAGACAGUGGUGAUGUUUGCGGGGCAGAUGGCUGUCAUCGUGGUAGGAACCAGUCAGGCUGGAGGUAUAGCAGAGGUGUGGAGGAAAGCAGUCAAUGGCAGCCGCAUUGCUGGACUUGACCUGAAUCCAGAUCCUCUCCAGCGCCACACCUUCUGGACCUUAGGUGUCGGAGGAGUCUUCCUCAUGUUGGCUCUGUAUGGUGUCAACCAGGCACAGGUCCAGAGGUACCUCAGUUCCCGCACUGAGAAGGAAGCUGUCAUGUCCUGCUAUGUAGUUUUUCCGUGCCAACAGAUUGUCCUCUCUUUGGGCUGUAUGAUGGGUCUGGUCAUGUUUGCUCGCUAUGGAGAGGACAGCCCCCUGGACAAGGGCUACGUCAAAACAAAUGACCAGAUGGUGCUGUACUUUGUCAUGGAUGUGUUCAGGGAUCUACCCGGCCUCCCUGGGCUGUUUGUGGCGUGUCUCUUCAGUGGAGCUCUCAGCACCAUCUCGUCAGCUUUCAACUCCUUAGCAACAGUUACUAUGGAGGACCUGAUUAAACCUCAUUUUCCGAAUAUGAGUGAAACAAAGGCCACUCUUCUGUCCAAAGGACUUGCAUUGGCCUAUGGACUGGUGUGUCUGGUUAUGGCCUAUGUUGCCUCCAUAAUGGGAUCUGUGCUGCAGGCAGCCUUCAGUAUCUUUGGGAUGGUAGGUGGUCCCCUGCUGGGACUCUUCUGCCUGGGGAUUUUCUUUCCUUGGGCCAACUCUAUUGGUGCAGUAGUCGGGUUAGCAGCAGGCCUAGCCAUGGCCUUCUGGGUCGGGAUCGGAAGCUUUGUGAUGCGACUAUCUCGUCCUCUAGUAGGACCCAAUCUAAACACCACCGCUCUGCCACUGUUUGACAACAUGACCACUACUGUUCUGACCUCCCUGGUUACCAGCCCCACAGCCAAACCAAGACCAACAGGAGUGGAAGCUCUCUACUCGUUGUCCUACAUGUGGUACAGUGCUCACAACUCAGCCACUGUGGUGGUGGUGGGCCUGCUCGUCAGUCUGCUAACAGGACCUAUGAAGGAGAAGGAGCUGACCCCAGGAACAGUUUUCCCAGUCCUAGGCACACUUCUGUUCUUCCUGCCCGAUCGCUACAAGGAGAAGCUUUGCUGCAUCACUCCCUUGACCCUGAAGCCCAAAGAAAUCAAUACACUACCUUAUCAAAUGGCCAAGAAGGACAGCAACGGGACAGCUUACUGCAAAGAGGACACAGUCACAGAGGACAAAGAGAUGGAGAGAGACCAAGCACAAACAGAGGACAAGGACUUGGACACACAGCGGGCUCAGCCUUCCUGCCCGCUGACGGAUUACACAGUUCAGGAGACGGCCUUAUGACCCUUUAAACUGCACAAGAUAUACACACACACACUUUGUCCAGAGCUGCUGUUGGAUCUUGUCACCCUGGUACUGAUUUUAGAAUUGAUCACUAUGCAGGGACUACAGAUCAUCUGCUGAAGUGGGUUUACAAGCUGAAUUGCAUAAAGAAGCAGACUGAUGGGUCUGGUCUCUCUGAGACAGACUGUGCAGAUGCAGCCUAAACAGUAGCAGUAACCACACAGCAGGUAGGGAUCGAUAUCACCCUCACUGACUUAGGAUCCUGUUCAGAUGUGUCCAGCUGUGAAGUACAUUGAUUCACGUUCCAGAGUGACCUGAUCCAAUCAGUGCAUCCAAUCGUUGCACAAUUAAAAUAUAUAUUUUAUUUUAGCAAAAAUGCAGCCACUAAAUUCAAGAGUAUAUGAAGAUAUAAUUAAAUCAGUGACUGAAGUGUAAUAAAAUGCAAAUAAUGUGAGGUCUUGCACAGCUUGGCUUUAAACCUCAUCAGACCGUUUUAUCUGGAUCCAUAAAUUGAAGCUGUAGUGAUGAGAGCAGAAGGAACAUCUCAUGGUGGCACAUCAGCUGCAGCACUAUAAUGUCUUGGCCCUGACAUAACCCCGGUGAGUGGAAACCAAAGAAUACAGUGUGCACCUGUUUAAGCUGUUGUUUAUUAAUCAGAUUUAUUAAACAAAUCUCAUUUAAUACAGUUGACUAAACAUUUAACAUGACAAUAGCCUUACAAAACAAGGACCUCAAGGAACAGCAGAAACAGAAAAGAUCCAAUAUAGAUUCUGGUAAUAAACUUAGAAAGAGUUCCUAAAAGAAAUGCAAAACAGACUAGUGUAAAAUAAUCAUGUACAGAGGAAAAUAAAUGUUCAUGAACUGCCAACACACUGAGCUCUAAUUCUGGUUUCACUGUGACACAUCCUGUUCAGUACUACAGUUUAGUUCAACUAAAAAUAUACAGGAGUACCAGAUGACCAAAUGGCAGACCACUAUCUGGAUCCAGAACCAUAAUAAAGUUGUAUGGUUCCUUCAUUAGAUUAUAAGCAGGUAAUGUGUUACUUGCAGUAGAUCACUAAGCUGUCUUCAUUUAGUAGAAAUCCAGAUUAACUGGUUCUUGAGGUGAUGUUAUGAAUCUUUAAACCGUUGUCAUGUUUUCAUUGGAUGGUUAUUUAUAUAGAAGCAAUUGAUUGUUUGUACAGGAAAUGGAAGAUGGGAGGCAGUGCGCCACUAUUGAUCUUCUACGUGUGAAACGUACUGAGAACAGAACAUGUAGAAUGUUUCCAAUCAGAGUAAAUAUCUAAUAUCAAAGUAGGCAAGUGUAAAAAUUAAUAGAAUAACGUUUGCUUAAACCACUGUAGUUUUUUCACCUUUUACACCACUUCUACAUUAGAAAUUCAACAGAGGUUAAUCUUACUAUCUUUUUUUUAAAUGAAAUGCAUAGUUAUAUUACCUAUAGGGUAAAUAUUGCCCUUUAUCAAUUUCAAAAUAAUUGAAAGCAGAUUUUAACAGUUUUUGUUGAAGUAAAAUAAAAAAAAAAACAUCCACAAAUAAUUGUUGAAUGUUCAUGUGUCAAAUUAGGCCUAAAGACAAAGUAGAGACUGGAAAUCUUAACUUCCAGUAAUUCAGUGGGAUAUGCAGACUAGAUGGUAUGUGUUAGACGAGAGAAUGUUUGUUCCAGUCACUACAGUCACCAGAGACUUGUGCAGAGCUCUGCUAUUAAUGCUUUUGCAGGCAGUAUGAGGAGAUGUGUACCUGGACAUGUUGGCCAUAUGAUUCGUAAUGUAAAGUGCCUCACUGAACUGCCACACAGUUCUUCAGCUGAGAAGGUGUUGGCAUGAAAUGUUUGGAAAGCUCUGCAGAAUUAAGUUUAAAAACUGUCGAUGUUUUAAGCACAGAUGAAGUUUUUCUAUCAUUCCCCAUAGAUUUUCCUCUGCUCUGAACCCCACUGUAGAUUCAUACCAGCCUGAUCAAGUAAAAACUCUAAUAUCUUAAGGUUCGUUAAGUGCCCUUUUCUAUUAAUUUAUUUUCUUCAAAAUGUAAAUGAGAUUGCUGUCAGUGACGGUAUGUGCUGAACCUGAGUAAUGUUGAAUAUUUGUCACCUUUUUGGAAUCAGAAUUCUUGACCAUUUGUUGUGUCAGCAGUGAUGUUCUGUUCUGUGUCCGUUGUUGCUGUAGGACCCGGCAUCCAUGUUUGUGUCUGUCAGCAUCAUCUGAAUGCCUUCCAAAGAGUUUAUGGAGAGUCCAUGUACAGCACAUUUAUACAGAUCUUCAUCCCAUCACUACAGUCUGUAAACACGCUGUUACCUAAAACCUCUUACAUGUGUCAUAGUAUGGAUUUUUGGCGAGUGGCCAAUCAGAGCCAUAUGUAGUAAGGCUGCAGAAGGUAGCCUCAGCAUGUCUCUGUUGGAAAAGGAAUAGCAGCAUUGGUUCAUAGGCUGUUGAGCCUUACCCUACAAAGCCUCAUGUAUGUACCAUCCUGACCUAUCCAAAGCAUAUAGAAUCUGACUUAUUUUCAGAGAUUUGUUUUAAACCAAUAGAGCAUAUAUUUGAUCUCCUACUUACUUGUAUGUUUUUGUAAUUUUGUACAUUUCCUGAAGUGAAAUGUGCAGUUCUAUAUGCAAGAACCAUGAAAAGUUUAUUUUUGUGAAAGUCUGGCAAUAUUUGGGAUGUAGUCAUCCACUAACUCAUCUCUUUUAGUGCUACAUUCGAAAGUCUGCCAAAUUUCCAAAGUUUUUCAGUCUUUUCAUGGAUCUGAGUUUUUAAAUGACAUGUAUAUUUUUGUGAUUGUGUAUAUUUGAAUACUCCAUACCUGAAAUUACUUGAAGUGUGUGCCUGUUGAUGAUUCCUUUCCAGUAUAAGCUAGUCUGUUUCACAGCUGAGGUGCCGUUAUCCUGUUAGUGUUCAUGUUGUUAGAUAGGAGAGUUCUGAACCUGGGCAGAGUGAAGCACUCAUGAACACUUAGAGAAGCACAACCAGGUGAGCAGUUCUGUAGAAACAUCAGGUGGUGGGAAGCUGCUUAUGGAUUUUUUCUUUAUUAGAAAUCUACUGACUGUUUAAUAAAUACCGAUUCUGUAGCUUUGUGGCCUUUUCACAGUGAAACACUUAGUAAUUUCUGUAUUUAAUAAAUAUUGUUUGGAACAAUAUUUAUUUUUUCAUCCAUCCCAUCCACAAGAAUUCUUCUUGUUAUGCAUUCCAAAACAAAGGAAUCCCACAAGCACUGGAGGUGAGGUUCUCUUCUGCUUUGGCUGUGCCUUCAUUCAUUAGAGCGUUCCUUUAAACUCCAACAUCUGCCAACAACUGGACCAAACAGACACUUGGGAAGAGAUUUAUGAUGUAACAUCCUGGCUGAUGGAGAGUUUGUGCUGUGUUUAAAUCUGUAUCAUUGUGUUCAGAUGUAUGAGGAACAGAUUUCUAAUUGAAGUGAGAUGAUGUUUAAAUGACGACUUGCAUGUCCACUGUUUAAUGUAACAACUUUAUUGCUGUGGAAAACGACAUUGAAGCGUGACCAUGUCAUCUGUGUUUUGGUGCCACCUAGUGGGAAUCCUGGUUAUAGCCCUUUUAUUGUAAUUAAAGCAUCUGUUGAAAUGGAA